UCUCCUCUGCCUUCCUUUUAGCCGGGUGGUCUUCAGCGCACUGAAGGAAAUCGGUUUUAGAAAGAACCUUUCUGCUUUUCCUGCCAGCUCAACGCCAGUAACUUAGCCAGAGGUUGACCGGAGGCAGUGACCUGGAUUGGCUGCGAGUCAGGAAGGCAAAGAUCGCGCAGCUUGGCUCCUGGGAGCGCUCGGGGCCAGGUGACACAGCCUUGGGUGCCCCGGCGUUGGCUUGACAGUUUCAUCCCCGCCCACUCGCUGGAGAGCGCCCCGCCGGGGUGCACGCGCGCGCAGGGGAACAUAAAAGCUGCGGCGGCGCGGAGACGCCGAGCUUGCCCACCGCCCGAGCUGAGGCCACACCAUGCACGUGAACGGCAAAGUGGCGCUGGUGACCGGCGCAGCGCAGGGCAUCGGCAGAGCCGUUGCAGAGGCGCUACUGCACAAAGGCGCCAAGGUAGCGCUGGUAGACUGGAAUCUGGAAGCAGGUAUGAAGUGUAAAGCUGCCCUGGGUGAACAGUUUGAACCUCAGAAGACUCUUUUCAUCCAGUGUGAUGUCGCUGACCAGGAACAACUGAGAGGGCUCAUGCCUGUUGCACAGCAGCCUGUGUAUUGUGCUUCAAAGCAUGGCAUAAUUGGAUUCACACGCUCAGCAGCGAUGGCUGCUAAUCUUAUGAAAAAUGGUGUGAGAAUGAAUGCCAUUUGCCCAGGCUUUGUUAAUACGCCCAUCCUUGAAUCCAUUGAAAAAGAAGAAAACAUGGGACAAUAUAUAGAAUAUAAGGACCACAUAAAGGAUAUGAUGAAAUACUAUGGGAUUUUGGAGUAAGUAAAACUAUACCUAUCUUUUUUUU